UCCAUGGCAGCAGGGCGGGAAGGAAUGUGAAGAUGGCGAUUGUGUGUGGUGGAAGAAUGUUAGUCUUACAUAAAGGACUGGAUAUAUUAAAAUUUAUUGAGACUGUUCCUGUAAUUCAUUCUAGGUAUUCAUCAGAUAUCUCAAGACAUUCUUGGGAACCGGUAGAGAAGGAAACCCAUACGGGACAAAAAUGGGAUAAGAAUGAUUAUCGUCUGGCACGUUUUGUCGAGAGACCAAAGCAAGUGAACACCAAUUUUGCCAUCAGUCUAAUUGAUGAAGUACCUCCAUCCCCAAGGAAGGAACGGGUGGUCUGGUGUGAUGGAGGCGGUGGCCCAACUGGACAUCCUAAAGUGUAUAUAAAUCUGGACCAACCAGGCAACCAUGCUUGCGGUUAUUGUGGACUACGUUUUGUAAAGGAAGAUAAUCAUUAAAUAUUAAGCGACAAGCAAAGAUAUUCUAAUUGUAGCUUUAGUAUGAGGUAAAUGUUUUUAGUUGCAUACAUGCUGUAUACAGAUGCUGUUGAAAAGUUAUUGUACCUGGAAGCACACUGGGCAAUAAAAUGUACAGAUCAGUCCA